AUGCCCGAACCAAAUUCUGAACCCCAAAUUGAUCCCAACAUUCAGGUAACCGCUGCUAUCCAGCGGAUGACUGAUCUCUUAGCCCAGGUGGUGCAACAGGAGGGCCCCAACCCUGUUCCACCAGUUGGUAACCCUGGAAACCUUGGAAAUCAUGUUGAGAGGGAGGAUCGAGCUCUCAAACGGUUUCAAAAAUUCUCUCCACCAAAGUUUCUUGGAGGGCCCGAUCUGGACGUGGCCGAACAGUGGUUAGAAAAGAUGAUAGACAUUUUUGCCGCUCUAUAUUACUCGGAGGAGAGGCAUGUUACUUUUGCGGUCUUUCAAUUAGAAGGGGCCGCUUGCUCUUGGUGGAAUAUUAUCCGGAUGAAAUGGGAGCGAGAACAGACACCAAGAACGUGGGUGAAUUUCGUAAGGGAGUUUAAUGCCAAGUACUUUCCGCCAUUGGUCCAAGAGAAGAAGGAAAACGAGUUCAUCCGACUUCGCCAAGGCACCCAAUCUGUGGCUGAAUACGAGAGCCAGUUUACCCGUUUGUCUAAAUUCGCUCCUGAACUCAUUCUAACCGAACAAAGUAGGGCGAGACGUUUCCUUCAGGGGCUUAACGUAGAAAUUCAAAAGGGCUUAGCCGUGACCCAAAUUACCACCUUUAGUGAUGCAGUUGAGAAAGUCUUACGAUCUAAGAAUGCCAGGCUUCAAGUAAGGAGCUUCCAAAAUAGAAAACGUGGAGCUUCUGGGAGUAGCUCAACUCAAGGGGAUAAAAGAACCCCUCUCAAAUUUGAAAGGACGAGGCCAGCAGAGGAACGCCUCGCAAGGGAGUUCAGCCACCGUUUCUCAUGGACCGUGUAG